UUGUGCACUUUAUUCACAAUCAUGGUUUGGUUGAAGAGCCCUAAUGCUAAUAAGCACCAUAUGGAAUUGAAACCAUGCAUCAAAUUAGAUCUUUUUUCAGAUGAAUAUCGAGUACAAUGCAAAAUCGGAGAAGGAUCAUUUUCAGAAGUUUUAAAAUGUAUAGACAGACAUUCCGGAAUAUGUAUAGCCGCAAAGCAGUUAAAAAGAAGUUUUCGGAGUGCUGCACAAGCAGAGGAGAUGCCAGAAUUAAUUGCAAUGCGCAAGCUGACAAGGCAUCCAAACAUUUUACACAUGAUUGAGUCACAUUUUGAUAAAGAAACGGGGAAAGUUACUCUGGUUUUUGAAUUAAUGGACAUGAGUCUGUAUGAUUUAAUUAGAAGCAGAAAAAAAUGCAUUCCUGAAACUAAAGCCAAACAUUACCUUUUCCAAAUUGUUAAAGGUAUAGAUCAUAUCCAUCAUCAUGGGAUCUUUCACCGUGAUAUCAAGCCCGAAAAUAUAUUGAUCAAAGGAGAUGUCAUAAAAAUAUCAGACCUUGGUUCCAUCAAGGGCAUAUACACCAAGCAACCCUAUACAGAAUAUAUUUCAACAAGAUGGUAUCGAUCCCCUGAAUGCCUUCUUACUACUGGUUUUUAUGGUCCUAAAAUGGAUGUCUGGGCCAUUGGAUGUGUGUUCUUUGAGCUCCUCACGUUGAAGCCUCUUUUCCCAGGGAGUAGUGAAGUUGAUCAAAUUGCCAAAAUCCAUAGCGUCCUAGGAACUCCAAAUCCUAGGCUUUUAUCGAAAUUCAAAAGACACAAACCGAGGAAUUGUAAUGUCAAUUUCCCUACUAAACAAGGGACUGGUCUUAAUCCUCUGAUUCCUUUUAUAUCGGAUAUGGGCAGGGAAGUCUUGAAACAAAUGAUCGUUUAUGAUCCAGAGUCUAGAAUCAAUAUUCGUAGACUUGUAGAACACAAGUACUUCGACGACUUAAGAGAGCACAAUUCUGGUAUCAGCUCGAACUUUUCAUGGACUACUAUAGGUUCUGGUUCUUUGAACAAAACGUCUUGGAGAAAUCCUGCUUUGUUGUCAUUUUUAACUAAUGAAAAGAGAAAGAAACCAAAAGUGACAAAAGUAAUGCCUGCCCAGAAGAAAACAUCUAAGGAAGUAGUAAAUGUGAAGGAGGAAAUUCCUAGAGAUCCACCUAGCCUCAACUUGGGAACAGGACCGGGUGACUGGAAGACAUCCAACAAUUCUCUUAUGAAACUCAAAGAGCGGCUUUGUUCCAAAACUUACCAAGUCCCUACUGCUGGAAUAGGUGGAGUUGGUGAGGUUCAGGACAUUCCAAACAAACUUAAAGAAAUGAAAUCUUUAGACCUUAAACCUGGGUUCGAAAACUGUAAUCGUUACCUUAACAUGAAAUUACCUCCACUUUUGCAUGAAGGUCCAGUAAAACGAGAUCUUCAAUUGCCUAGAGUACCAUCGAAAAAAUCGUUUCUUAGAGGGAAUACCUUAGAAGAUUUUAGAUCAGGUUUAAAAAAAUAACCCACUUCGGAACUUGAAAAAGAGAAAAAAAAAAAAAAAGAUGGUACCAUAUUCUAUGGAAAUGGUCUUACUCAACAGCAUUUUAAGUAGAUAAAUUUACGUUCUUAUUAGAUGACCAUCGUACUUGCUCAAGGGAAACAGUAAAAUAUCCUAUAAUAAAUAAAAAAGAUAGUUGUCAAUUAAUUAUAUAUUAUGUUUUAUUUAUUAUCAUAGGAAAUAAGUUAUUAUUUCACAUAAUUUAUUUAUUUAAGUUAACUUUUAUAGUAAAAUUUAAAAUUAUGAUAUUGAAUUAAUUUAUUGACACAACCUCAAAUGUGAUUUGAGAAAUUUGGUAUUUAAAAUAUUGAUUGUAAUUGGAAUGUGU